GGUUGUGCCUUGUGGCAGUAUUUCCGCAUGAUCGUUAGAAUUCGUGUUGUGUAGUUCUCACUGUCCGUUUUUGUGUCGGUGAGAAUCAAGAACAAAACGUGAAAGGAAAGUAGACCGUGACACGGAAGGAUAGUGUAGAAUUUGUGAAAAAUGACAGGUGCAAGUGGCGCAGGCAGCGUGACCGGCAGUGCGCUACCAAAAUGGCAACUUGCUCUAGUUGUUGGAGCGCCGGUUGCUCUAGGUCUCGGUUACAUGUAUUUUAAGAACAACAUUAAACCGUCACCCAAAUCGAACCGUGGUAAAUCAAAAACCGGCUCGAAAGAAAAUGGCACACCAGCCGCUGACAAACAAAUCUCUAUCGACGCUGACUGUCCACCGAAAAGUACUGCUGGGACCGAGACUCCAUUGGAUAAAGCUCAAAGAUUUAAGAACAAGGGAAAUGAACACUUCAAGAUAGGAAAGUACGAUGAGGCGAUAACUCAGUAUAAUAAUGCGAUUGAAGCUUGUCCAAUGGAAAAUACUGAAGCUCUUGCUACUUUUUAUCAAAAUAGAGCAGCUGCCUAUGAACAACUGAAAAAAUUUAGUGCUGUAAAAGCAGAUUGUACAAAAGCCUUAGAACUGAAACCAAGAUAUGCAAAAGCCUUAUUACGUAGAGCACGGGCAAUGGAACAUUGCAAUAACUUAGAAUCAGCCUUAGAGGAUGUCACAGCAGCUUGUAUCCUGGAAAACUUUGGGAAUCAAACAGCUUUGAUAAUAGCAGACAGGGUUUUAAAACAAUUAGGUAAACAACAUGCCAUGGAACAUUUGGCAAACAAAAAGUUUAUUAUGCCCAGCAAACAGGUCAUUAAGGACUAUAUUAAUAGUUUCCAUAGUGAUCCUAUUUUUACAAUAAUUAAAAAUAACGACUAUAGUAACGUAUCUCCGAGUUUCGCGAAGAUUUUGGAAUGCGUGAAAGAAGAAAAAUAUGAUGAUGUGAUACCACUUUGUACACAAGAGCUCAAUAGUUCUGAAGUAGAUACACUGCAGCACAAAAUGGAAGUGCAUCUUUUACGGGCUACGUUUUAUUUUUUGCUGGGACAGCAUGAAACCGCCAUAGACGAGUUUGCUACUAUUAUAAAUAGUGAUACUGCUUCAAACGCUACCAAAGUAAAUGCGCUGGUAAAACGAGCUACAUUGUAUAUAAAUCUAGAAAAUCCCGAGAAAAGUUUCUGUGACUAUGAAAUGGCUAUAGAACUCGAUCCUGAUUGUAGUGAUAUUUAUUUUUAUAAGGGACAGGCAAAUUUACUUAUGGACAAAAUACAAGAGGCUAAAGAAGACUUUAAGAAAGCUGUGGAUCUUAAUCCCAAGUUCGGCGUGGCAUAUGUACAAAAAUGUUAUACAGACUAUCACUAUGCUCUGAUUAACAGGGACAUAGAACUAUCAAAUGAAGCCAUGAAAGGUUUUGAGAUGGCUUUUGAAAAAUACCCCGACUGCCCUGACUGUUACAUUUUGUAUGCUCAGGUAUUAUCAGAAACGCAAGAGUAUCAGAAAGCAGAUAGUUACUUUGCUAAAGCAAUCGAGAAACAUCCAUAUAAUGCUUCGUUCUAUGUACAUAGAGGUUUAUUGCAAUUAAAAUGGAAUGGUAACGUUGAGAAGGCUAUUGGGUAUAUUAAGAAAGGAUUGGAAUUAGAUGAUAAAUGUGAGUUUGGGUACGAGACAUUAGCAACAAUCGAAGUUCAAAGGGGAAACCUAGAAGAAGCAAUAUCAUUGUUCGAUAAGGCUUUGGCAUUAGGUCGUACGGCCACAGAGCUUACACAUAUUUUCGGUCUAAGAGAUGCCGUGAAAGCGCAGCUCGCGCUGAAAGAUAAAUUGGGUGCAAACAUAAUGAUGAAUAUAUCAAGUGUUUCAUAAGCUUUUACAAACUUCUGCCCCGAUCAAACGCGAAAAUUCAAAUAAAAUAAAUACAAAUGGUCACCGGAACUAAAGAAUGACGUUUCAUGUGCAUGGUAUGACUAACACAGAUUUACUAAAUUUUGGCCUGAUUUAGGUAUCUGUAUAUAACUCUGAACUGUAACACAGAUUUACUAAAUCUUGGCCUCAGAUUUAGGUAUGGUAU